GAGCGCCUUUGGGGGUGUGGAUAAGGAAGUAGCGUUUAUCAUCAUGCUAGGAGAAGAGUGCUAUGAAACUAGCUUUGCUAACUUAUGAAGUGACGAUUUUCGUUGUUUUUUUACGAUUUUUGGCGUUAUUUUUCUUUCAUGACCACCGACUCUAGAAUGGAAAGAACAACUUUCGUGCGAAGGGCGUGACAUUCGUUUAUAGAAGAAGACGACAGGAUCGAGUUGUCUCGGUUAGCUACCGAGUAAAUCUAGCGUGGCUAGCCAUUACCUCGUCAUAUUCUACCUGCCGUCACGGUCAGCGUAAAGUCAGCGGUGGAAACCUCUAGUAAUAUAAUGGAGAAGGCUGAUUUCCUGAAAGGUCUUCCUGUGUACAAUAAGAGCAACUUUAGCAGAUUUCAUGCAGACUCUGUUUGUAAAGCAUCUAAUCGGAGACCUUCUGUGUAUCUUCCGACCCGUGAAUACCCUUCUGAACAAAUUAUUGUAACAGAGAAAACAAACAUCCUGCUGCGUUACCUCCAUCAGCAGUGGGACAAAAAGAAUGCAGCAAAGAAGAGGGAGCAGGAACAAGGGGAGGCAGACAGCCCAGCACCUCCAAGGAAGAUUGCCAGAACUGAUAGCCAAGAGAUGAAUGAGGACUCAUAAGUGUGCGAAUGUGUUUGUGUGCGUGCGCGAGCAGGUCAUAGCCAGUAUCAAACAAAUGGCAAAUAAUAAUCCCACCUGAAUACAGAGUUGUGGUCUCUGUAUUGUGGCGGGAUGCUUUUCCUGACACACGCCACCAGAAGAAACAGGGAAACUCCCUCAGCAGAAGCUAAAGAAUGAGUUCCAGGAAGUAAAUUCAGCCUGAAAGUGUUUUUGAGCCCCACUUCUCCAGCAUCAUUAGUAGACUGUUUACGUCAGAGAGGGAACUUGUGUGGGUAUUUUUUAGGGAUGUUCCGGUUCGUGUACCUUGAAUACUAAGUAUCUGCUUGCACGUAGUUGCCUGGUAUAUUUGUUUUCUUUCCAUGUAUGUUUUUUGCACAACGUACUCAUGAGCACGCACUCGUUUGUUUGCCAGGUGAAUAGCUGCAAUAAGAAACUCCAGGAAGUAGCCCAGCUUUCCUUUGAUCUCCUGCAGUAUUGUUUCUGACUCAGUAGUUAACUUCAUUGUUUGUGGCAUUUCACUGUCUUUUUUGCUGCUACUGCAGUGGCUGUUCCUGCUAUCCCGGCACAGCCGCAGUCGCCAGCAUCGCUCGCUGGGCCGUGCCCGUCGUUCUCCUCUGCUUCCACAUGCACUCCACACGGAUCAUUUUCUUUUACACUUAAUUUCCAGCUGUAGCAAAAUGUUAAAGGGCAGAUUUCGCAUCCAACAAGCUGCUGCGCCAGAGACGUGCAGGUGGAAAUUAUUUAUUAGCUGAAGUGUAUGUGGUGGUGUGUCUCAGCUUUCUUAACAGCAUGUAAUAAGCUGCUUGUGAUACCUGGAGUAUCCUGAGUAACCAAAGGAUUUGAAGUGUAACAGAUGUGAUCAUGCUGAUGCAUCAUGGAGCUCCCUAAUUAUCCCAAUUCUCCUCAUCAAUCAAUGCCAACCAUCCGUAGCUUGCUGUUGAUCUGUCCUCGUGUGGAUUAACAUUUAUUUGUGCACAUGCGGAGUUUGUGUGUGUGUGGUGAAUGAAUGGCAGAGUAAAUUUUAAGAUUAGCAAUGGACUUGAUUGAUGAAGCCAGAUGUGACUCCCUCCCUGUGAGGGGGGAUUGGGACAAAAAAAAAAUUCUGCUGGUACAUGACUUGUAUAGCCUUCUGUCACCGGGAGACUCUUAGUUUUUAAUUUAAGUGUUUAUAUUUUAAUUAUUGCAAUGAGCUUCCUGUCAGCCACCGUGCCCACUCUCUGUUUCACUGCCCACCUUCAACGACUUGGGGCAUUGCAACAAUUCUCCACACUGUAACAACAGGAAAAAAGGAAUCCACUGUGAAGAACAGCACAACGUAGAAGAAAGACAUCCACACAAUGAGACAAUAGUGAAUAUACAUGUUUGGGGACUCUGUUCAUUAAUUUAAAUGUGGAUGAUAAAUAUUUUUACACUUAACCACUGCCUUGUGGAUAAUUGAGCUUUAUGAGAAUUGGUUAUUUCGUGGAUUGCUCAGUUUUCGCUGUCUUUUCAUCAAAAGAUGUGAAUUAAAAUAAGGACAAAUGUUUAAUUAGAACUGUUGUGUUCAGAUGUACAAUUGCACAACUAGGUAAACAGCACAGAUUGUGAAGACAGAUAUGUUUGGAAAAGGGUUUAAAAUACAUUUACUGGUGUAAAUAAAUGUCAGUAGCAGAUUUGGA